GCAUGAAUUAGUGCGAGUUUUGCCGUCGUCGGUGCUGUUACUGGGCUACUGGAUAUUGUGUUUAGUUUUCAAGUGUCAAGUGCGCUGUGUGUGGAUUGUUGUUUCAUUCAACAUUUUUUUUUCGGGACCCUAUUGUUUCGCCUCCGCUUGAGGCGCUCGCACUGUUGCAAACGACGGGCGACGGAAUUGUGCUGCUUAUGGUGAUUGUUUUUUGUUUGUUAUCCGGCAAGUGGGUGGAAAACUAGAACGCAAGCAAACAGUUUUGUGCAUGUUGGUGAUUUUUUUUACUUGGAUACGAAAAGCCUAUACCCAGUGAAAACCGUGUGUUCGGGGUAAAAAGUUUUCCUCUGCAAAUAGUGCUCCGUGAUCCAGCCCCCGUGUCUGUGUGCAGUGGGCAAAUGCCAGGGGAAGCAAGCAAAAGAAGAAAGCGAAAUCGUUCGGUUUGGAUUUGAUUGAAGUUAUUGUUUUUGUUCAAUGGUGAACAGUAAUUCAAGUGUUGGACGGAGCUAGAUAGCAUUUUGGAAGGUGAGACAUUUUUGCUGGAUCGCGAAAAAAGGCUUCCGAUAGCGGCGGCUGACUGACAGUGGGAAGACAUUUCGCGGAGAGCGAGACAAUUCCUAGAAAAAAAACCGAAACAAGGAAUCGUCCCGUACGGCUACGACGAGAGACUGUAAUUAAAUCGCCUGCGUGAGCGGGAAAGAAAGAGAGGGAGCAACACGCAGUAUCCUCUUCUAGAACUCGUCCACCAAUGAUCGAUGACGAAUGAUCCACGCGCACUACACUCUACACUCGUCCGCGCGGCUCCUACCGCGACAAGAACCACCCCAGUACCAACACUCCAACCAAGUGACGACGCCACCGCCGACGACGAUGAAGAAGUGAGUUCACGCGAUUGGAAUUCAACCAAGAUCUGUUGCUUGUUGGUUGUGUAGUGUCCUCGUCAGCAAGCAGCCCAGCAGCGGGCACGAGUGAAACAAACUUGCUCUCCUUCCUCCAGCAGGGGGAAACGGUGCACGAAACCGGCGCGCGAUCGCCGCAGUCCCGAAAAUUACGUCUGUACGUGUGAACAACAAGAUUGUGUCGACCUUCCCUGUGCGCAAUAAACGGCCUCAUCAAAGUCAACGAUCUUUGUAAUGUAAAAACUUGGAAAAUAAUUACACAGCAAGCUGUGCCGUUAGGUCGCGCCGUUCCGUUCUUAUCUCGACGACGGCGACCGAUGUCGGUCAUCAUCCGUUAACUGCUUCCAGACCAGGGUAUUCGUGCAAAAUUAAGUUAUCGGUGUGUCUUUGUGUGCUCCAGUGUCGUCAGCAACUACAAUUGCUUCAUUGUUCAAUUAGCCUACUACUAGCCGUUUCAUCGUAGUAUCUCUCCGAUGUGCGUGUGUUUGUAUGUGUUUUCGAUGUGUCCGCUGGUUUCUCCUGGCAGUUGUCAUUAGUAGUAAGAAGGAAAAACAAAGCAGCAGUUUAGUAAUCACCAUCGCUGAGCGAGUAUAAUCAUUUCCAGAAAAUAUAAAGCAAAAGAAAUUUUGUUAUGAUUAAGGGAAGCACAUCAUAACCGAGAUAAUAAUUGGUGGCGUCGCGCGCUGAAUCAGAAAAGCGAAGAAAAACCGACAACAACAACAACAACACGGCAACAACGGCCGGAGGAAGGCGAUAAAGGCGGUGGUGGUUGUGUGAUUCUCCAGUCGCGUUCCGAAGAAAGUGCGUCCGUUUGACGGCGAACGGUGGGUGCUGAAACCCGUGCGCGGAAGAUCCCACGGAACCGGUGCGGGGGGCGAGCUAGCUCAAGUGUGCUCAAGUAGUAAUUUCUUUCGCCCAUUUAUUUCUCGUUUCGUUUUAUUUUUCGAUGAUUUUGUAAUGAUCAGUUGAGAGCGCCAGUGGAAAAAGAUCAGAGCAAAAAUUCAGUGUUUCCAGUGUUUGUGUGAGCGUGCGUGUAUUUUUUUCUUCUGUGAGCUGUUGUAUUAGCUUGGUGAGCGUGCCCCACCAGUGGAAAAGAAGGUGAAAAUCGAGGGCGAAAAUCGUGCGGAAAUUUCUCCCAAAGUUUUUUGUUUGUUAUUUGUUUUAAUAUCUGCGUGUGCGCGCAGUAAGUCGCCGUUCGCGGGUGCAUUUUGGCAAGGCGGCCAAUAAACGAAGCAGCAGAAGCACAGCCAGUCGAGUUGUAAACAAAAAUUGGAUCAAAAUGCGCGAAUUCAAGGUCGUUGUACUGGGUUCCGGUGGGGUUGGCAAAUCGGCCCUCACCGUGCAGUUUGUGUCCGGUUGCUUCAUCGAGAAGUACGACCCGACGAUCGAGGAUUUCUACCGGAAAGAGAUUGAGGUGGAUAACUCUCCCUGCGUGCUAGAAAUUUUAGACACUGCCGGCACCGAGCAGUUUGCGUCGAUGCGGGAUCUGUACAUUAAGAACGGUCAUGGCUUUAUUGUUAUGUACUCGCUAACGAAUCACCAGACAUUUCAGGACAUCUCCAGUAUGCGAAAUGUGAUCAGUCGUGUGAAAGGUAGUCAACCAGCACCAAUCCUCCUAGUCGCCAAUAAACUAGAUUUAGAUUGCCAAAGAGAAGUCUCGACAGCAGAAGGAAGCGCCCUCGCCGAACUGUGGGACUGCCCGUUCAUCGAAGCCUCCGCCAAGGAUCGGAUCAACGUGAACGAAGUGUUCGCCACCGUCGUCCGGGAAAUGAACAUGACCUCCGAGAAGCGCCAGAAGAAAAGCUACUGCUGUUGUACAUUAUUAUAGAAGUGGCAUUAAAAGCGUAAUUUUAACCCCCCUUAAUCGUAAUUUAAUAUUAUGGCAAUUGAAAUUAAUAUAAUUACAAAACAAACCAGAAACAAAAAGGGAGAAACACUAUCCAAUUGUGAAGAAAAUUUGAAGCAAAAAAAAAAAACAAAAAUCAGCAACCAACGCACCCCGACCAGCCGCGACCGAGCAGACGGACGGGGUGACGCUAUUCGUAGGUGUUUUUUCGGUUUAAUUUGUCGCGAAUGUCUGGACGCAACUGAAGUCAACCGGUUUUCAAACCGAGUUCCGGAGCAAUUGAAACCAAGCAGGAGCAGGAACACGGCGUCGAAGGUAAACCUAAAAAAAAGAAAACUUAUAUACAUAUUAAAUGUAAUGAUAAUAAUUAAUGCUAAAUUUAACUUUACACCGAAUGAGUAACAAUUUUUCGAGAUAGGAGUUAAUUGUGCGCGAAGAGAAACGGUUUUGCGUAGGAGCGAAAGUGCGGACAAAUUUAAAGGGUGUGUUAUAAGCAAGCAUAGGCUGAGCGAUUUAAGCGACAACUAAAAAACAAACGAUGGUAAAAGGCAGUGUAAACAGAAGAAAUGUUGGGGAGGAAAGGCCAUAGCCGAAAACCCACCCUCGUCAGUGUAUGUAAAACGAAACGAUUAAUGGUAAGGAAACAAAACUGUUUAGGGUAUAUUUUUUAGCAAAGAUGAAGAAAGGAAAGCCUGUUUUUCCAUUAGUCAGAAUCAAUUUCUUUCGGGUAAAGAUUGAGAUAUAGACUUGGUCGAUUUAUUUUUGUUUUGUUUCGUAAACUGAUCAGUUGGUUCAAAGCUUUUUUUUUCAUUUUCCUAAAAAUGAUGCGAGAAAAUGAUGAUCAAAAGCAAAACUACGAAUGUUAUAUUAGUUUAGGUAAUCUAGCUCUUUUAACUCCGUUUCCGGUAUCAUCCUAAAGGUUUUAUACGCAAUAAAAAACGUCUUAUCUUUUAUCUAUUUGCCAAUUCCUCUAUGUUUACCAUAAAUCUGUUCUCGUGUAAGAAAAAUCUUUAUUUUGUAAUAUAAAUAUUUUAUUCUAUCUCUGAAAGCUAAACGACGAGAUUUGCGGGGAAGAGAAUGAGGGCACAUUGGAAAUCGAGAAACGAAAAAAAAGAAAGUUAAUUCAAGUGAUGAAAAUGUAUAUGCAGGAAACCAACCGUUUGAGGGAAAAUAUAAAACGAUCAAGAAGAAAUCAUUUAGCAUAUGAAUGAAAUAAAAAAAAAUGAAAACUGGCAUAUACAACAUGCAUGUAGGUGUAAUAAGAAAACAAGAAAAAAUCAACCUAUUUUUAUCAUUACAUUUUUGUAUACACAACUGCAGCAGGCACACAGAAAUCACACCGAAAAGGAUUAAAUGAAAAAAAAGUCACCGAAGCCGCAAGAAGGGAAGAAAAAUUCCAAUAGUGAAAUAUCAGAAGAUACAAUGUGUAAUUAAUAAAGAAAAAGUGAAACACGGAAAAUAAAUAAAAA